AAAGUGAGGGUGCAUUGUACAGCCCGAGUUUGUUAGGUGGCCUAUCCCACAGGACACACCCUUUUUAGGCUUUUCCUCCAACUUCGCUCAGCCACCAGUGAAGGAAUCUCAUUGUCCGCGUCCACUGAAAGCUCACGGCAUACAGCAGAGGAUGGCGGAGGAAAAUGCCAGAGGGGCCCGUUCUGCAGAGCCUGGGUCAGAUAAAGGGGCUCAUAUGGAAGGGGCUCUGCCAAGGGGGAAAUGGGCCAACAAAAUGGAGUUUUUGUUUUCCAUGGCUGGAGAAAUCAUCGGCCUUGGAAAUGUUUGGCGCUUCCCAUAUUUGUGCUUCAAAAACGGAGGAGGUGUUUUCUUCAUCCCAUACUUUGUGUUCCUCUUCUUUUGUGGCAUCCCUGUGUUUUUCCUGGAAACGGCGUUGGGCCAGUACACCAGCGAGGGCGGGGUGACGGCCUGGAGGAAGAUAUGUCCCAUGUUUGAGGGGAUUGGUUUUGCAUCACAGGUGAUCGUGUUCUAUCUGAACGUUUACUACAUUGUCGUCCUGGCCUGGGCUAUCUUCUACCUAUACAACUCCUUCAAAAGCCCCCUGCCCUGGUCCACAUGCGACAACGAGUGGAACUCCCUAUUAUGCCACAGUCGCGCCAGCGUCUUUGCCAACCCGCAGCUGUUUCAGCCCGAGUCCAACUGGUCAUUCCUGAACAACAUCACCUCUCUUGAGUAUGAUUUCGAACCUUACUUCAAUCACUCGCUGAAGUCACCGGAAGAGGAGUUCUGGUUCAAUCGUGUGCUGAGAAUGUCAGAUCAAAUGACCUUGGGUAAGUUGCACUGGGACCUGGCUCUGUGCCUCCUGAUCGCCUGGGUUAUAUGUUACUUCUGCAUCUGGAAAGGCAUCAAAACCACUGGCAAGGUGGUGUACGUCACCGCCACAUUCCCCUACUUGAUGCUGUUCAUCCUCUUCAUCCGUGGAGUGACGCUCCCAGGAGCGGCGGACGGCCUGAGGUACUACCUCCAGCCCGACUUCGCAAAACUCAUCGAUCCGAGCGUAUGGCUCGACGCAGGGACUCAGGUCUUCUUCUCCUACGCCGUGUGUCAGGGGGUGCUAACGGCCCUGGGGAGCUACAACAAGUACAACAACGACUGCUACAGGGACUGCUUGGCCCUGUGCUGUCUGAACAGCGCCACCAGCAUCUUUGCUGGCUUCGCCGUCUUCUCUGUGCUGGGAUUCUUGGCUCAUGACCUCGGACUUCCUGUGUCCGAGGUCGCGUCAAGUGGUCCCGGUUUAGCCUUCAUAGCCUACCCCACGGCUCUGUCGCUGCUGCCCGGCUCAUCCUUCUGGGCUGUGCUCUUCUUCCUCAUGCUCCUCUUCCUGGGCCUCGACAGCCAGUUCGUGUGUGUGGAGAGUCUGGCCACGGCCAUCACGGACAUGUUCCCUCGUCACCUGAGGAGGCCGGGCGCCAGAGAGAUUCUGAUCCUAGUGAUCGCUGCCGUUUGCUUCCUGCUGGGCCUGCCGUUCAUUACUGAAGGAGGGAUUUUCAUCUUCCAGCUGGUGGACAGCUUUGGUGCGAGUGGAAGCACUCUCCUCUUCAUUGCUUGUGCAGAGACCAUCGUUGUUGCCUGGGUGUAUGGUGCAGACCGUUUCUUAGACAACAUUGAAGACAUGAUCGGGUAUCGUCCCUUCCCUGUGCUCAAGUACUGCUGGCUGUUCAUCACGCCGCUCAUCUGCGUAAUUACAUUGCUAUAUGACCUGGCACAAAAAUCUCCCAUGUUCAUGUAUGGUUACGAGCCUGGUAAAUGGACCUCCAUGGUGGGCGGCCUUCUAAUCUGCACUCCACUGAUGUGCAUCCCAGUAUGCAUUUUGGUCUCACUUUGCAGGAAUCCCACGAACAUGAGUAGGGCGUCCAGUGACCUACGCCAGGCUAAACCACACAAGCCAGUGCUCACAUUGUGCAAACAAGUCAUCUUCGAGGCCCAGGGGCUGCCGGACAGGAACGUAGACGACAGGCUCGAUAAGAUGAUGCUAGAGGAACCAGCCAGUGCUUGAUGGUUGUUAGUGAUUUCCUUGAAUAUUUGAACAUUUCUAAACAUUGUUAAGUGUUUACACUUUUCUUAAAGUCUUCAGGGAGCUUUGUCUGAGUUUUGCUAGCAUAUUAGUCUUUUUUUUACUGAUUAAUAACGGAAAAGCUUUGUAUAUUGAAGCACUGUAACCACUAUGCCUGUAAUCCUGCAGACAGUAACCGGGUUAGAAGGUAAAAGUUUAUUUAGCAUUGCAUUCAUGUAACACUUAUGAACUUAGGAACAAAAUCAAUGCAGCAGAACUAAAAGUACUUUAAAAGUCCCGCACGUAAACCUGCCGUUUUAGGUGCGUAUGUAAGUGAUGAAGACCUAUGAUAUAAAGUAUUACUGACGACAACUUUAUUAAUGCUACUUCGGCAUUCUUUAUUCAUUAACAAUAGGGCUGAAGCCCAUCAGUGUUGGGGUCUAAAUAGGGGUCAUAUCGCUUGUAUUUUUUUUCAAAUUUGUGUCUCUUCCAUAUGGUCAUUAUGUGACACAUAACAAGAUACUGUUACAGUGUAGAUGAAGUAUUGAAUAUGCAAAAAUAAUAUCAAAAUUGUAACUGUGUGGUUAUAUGUAGCUGACUAAUGAACAUAAACUUGCCGCUGUAGGGACAGUGGGGACAGUGGUUAACUAUAAGGAACGUACCAUGUGUGUGUGUAACUAAAAUAAAUAAAGUGUACUAAUGGAAGUAUGGAAAUGAGAUAAUAUUGGUGAUAAUCUCAGGGGUUUUCAAUGUUUCAGGCCAAGGACCCCCAAAUUGAUGGAGAGAAUCAGUAAGCUAUUAUUGCAGUAAGCAAUAGUAAGCUAUCCCAUAUGCCUUUACUAAGAUAUGUUGGAUUCAUUUUAAUGUGUAUUUAAAGAAAUUUGAAUUUGUGGGGGAAAUUUAAAAAAAUAUAUAUAUAUAAAAAAUGUCAAUCAACCAAAGAUUUUGCGACCCCCUUGAAAUACCUCCGUGGACCCCACAGGGGCCGUGGACCCCCUGUUGAAGACCUGUGAUCUCAGGCAAUGCUGGGAUUUGAACCCAGGAUCUCUGUUCAGGCAAAUGGGACCGUUUUGAAGCCUCUAACCAGCAGUUUAAACUGUUGCAGUUUGUUAAAUGUGUCCAUUCAUUUAGUUUCAUUAUGUUUUUAUACCCGUGUGAAGACAACCGUAUCAAUACACUAAACAUACUGGUGCAGUGUGCCUUUGUUUGAUUGUGUCCUUAUCGAUCUCUGACCUGAGAGGAUAAACAUUCAAUACAAACCCAUCACUUUUCAUCUCAUUUCCUGUUUUGUAGCAAGAAAACAUAUAUAUAUAUAUAUAUAUAUUUGUCUUCUGGGAUGUCUUUCUCAUGGUUAAGAAAUAAUAAUAAAA